AGCCUCCACCCAGCUUUCUCCAUCAGAUUUCCCUUCCAGCUCCAGCUAGUCGCCGUCCGCCGCCGUCUUGCUCCUCCUACUGGAUUCUGUGAUUAGGAAUUAUUCGAAAUGGAAGACAUCACAAUGUCAAUCGGCAAGACGACCCAAGAUCUAGCAAUGGAGGGACAGAAACAUCUGGAGGAAACAAUUGAAGCAGCAUAUCGAAUCCUCGCUUCAAUGAACGAUGAGCUCUGCAACCCUGCAUUAUGGUGUAUCACCACUUCUUCUUCUCAAGUUCCUGCUGCUAAUAAUAAUAACAAUUCGAUUUCCCAAAACCGAACGGGGAAUGGAGAUUCUGCCUCUGAUGGAACCGGUCGUGGCAGUGUUAGUUCCGGUAGAGGAAAUGGAGCACUUGAUGAAGCUCGAUUUCGGUAUAAGAACUCCAUUGCUGCUCUUCGUGAGGUUUUGGCUGCCAUUCCGAUUUCUCGCGAGGAAAAAGCAUUUGAAACCAGUUCAGCAUCUCCAGAAGAAGAUGAAGCUGAUGUUGAGAAAUUGGAAGUGAAAGCCUCCAAUCUUAAAAAGGAACUUGUCAAUAAGAAUGGAUAUAUUAAGCUUCUCAUUGAUCAGUUACGGGAUCUUAUCUCCGAUUUAUCUACCUGGCAAAGUCCCUGCUCGCUAUGAAGUCCGUGUUGAUAUCAUGACAUGAAAAUGGAGAUUAGAUCUCAUAAUUCAUUCUCCAAAGGCAAGUCCCAAACGGUAAUCUUAUAAUGAUUUUUCUUAGAAGUGAAUCUCCAAUUUGUAGCUUAUUCAAUACUGUAGAAAGGCGGUUGUCGAAAAGUUUCAAUUUUUUUAAAAGAGAAUUUGGGCAGGAUGUCGUACUCUACGAUGUGUUGAGUUAUAUGGAUGAAGCCUUUGUUGAGAUGAAUCCUCUUUGUCUGGGAAUUUGAAUGGUAA